ACACUCCGAGAAGCAGACCAUGGAGGCUGACUUCCAGGUGUGCAAGAACUGCAAGAGAAAUGUGGCCUCUCUCCAUUUCACCCUCCACGAGGCCCACUGCCUGCGCUUCCUGGUCCUUUGCCCGGAAUGUGAGGAGCCCAUCCCACAGGCAAAGAUGAAGGAACAUGUAGAAGCUGUGCACCAGAAGGGAGUUAGGCCUGUGUCCUCCACCUUCCCAGAGUCCAAGGAAAGCCAACAGCGCCCUGCGAAGUGCACGUUCUGUGAGCUUGCCGUGCACCUUAAUAAUCUGGAUGUCCACGAGUCCCACUGUGGCAGCCAGACGGAGCGCUGUCCACAUUGCAACCAGCCCAUCACACGCCGAGCGAUGGCCCAGCACAAAGAUGCGUGUCUGAGUGCAAAAGGCAGGCCCGAAGAAGGGAAGAGAAUUGUAUCUCCCGGAAGAAAAAAACACUGUGAUCACUGCAAACAAAUGAUUCCAGAAAAUCAGUAUGUCUCCCAUAUGAAACAAUGUGUGGCCUCAGGAACUGUGAUAUAUCUUCGGAAUGGGAAACCAAUAAUCGUUCCUUCAUUCCUUGCAAAUAUGAGGAAUGAAAAGCAAGCAUCCACAGUGAGGAAAGAUGUUCGUCCUAAGACAAAAAAUAGCAGUUCAACAAAACAAGAGACAAAGGAUCAAAAUGGCCCUGUAGGUCUGCCUUUGACAUUCGCGCUCCAGCCGGAGGCUGCCUAUGACGUCCUUCGAAGGUGUCGUCAGUGCGGAAUCUUACUUCCCAUGCCCAUUCUAAACGGGCACCAGAGAACACGUGAUUGCAUUCUCCCCCCAUUUUGGGAAGCCCUGCUCACCACACCACUACAUUGUACAUCUGGGUCCUCUGAUGGAUGAAGAAGGUGAAGUGAUCCAGCCCCAAGAGCAGAGCUGCUGGGCCACUCUGCCAG